AUGCUCUGCACAAACAGACCCGAAGCUUUCGGCCCAUCAUCCCACCUCAACUCCUCCACCCUCCCCACAACAUGUUUCACCGACGUGAUUCUCAUUCCCCUCCCAACCUGGCUUGCUCUCGUCUUCGUCCCCAUCCUCUUCGCUCUAGGCCUCCAUCACCGCAAAAUAAACUACAACCCAUCCACCGCACACCUGCGCUCCAAUACCCGCUCCUCAUGUCUUUACCUCGUCUUCCUUAGUAUCUACUACAUCCUCAUCAUCUGCAACAUUCUCAUGCUCACUCUGGAAAUUGUGCGAUUAUCUCUCCUUCAUUACGGCAUUGGCUUAUUGCCAUUCGCAUACGUCGGGCUUCUUCUCUCGGCUUUCUUGUUUUGGAGUGAAGGAACACAAGGACGUAUAAAGUGGUGGCAGGGGAUAAAUAUCUUGGUUUGGAUAGGAGGGGUUAUCAUGAGUGUCGUGCAAGCCAUUGGAUUAGAGCAACAAUAUGGAAUCAAUGGGAGAAAAGAAAGUAAAUAUCCAGUUAGCGACCAAAUUAUCGAUGUGGCUGUCAUGGCGGGUGUAUAUGCCGUUAUUGCGCUACUGGAACAAGUACUGGUUGUUUGGAGAAGAAAGAGACGGACUACAGCUUUGAGGGAGGAGGCUGGAGAAAUGGGUGAGUUUGAACAUGGGAGGGGUGUAAGUGAGGAUCCCGUUAUGAAGGAGUAG